AGAGCUUUUUCCGAUAAGAGUCAGAGUGGAUGGGCGUCGAUUACUACAAGAUCCUACAGGUAGAUAGAAACGCCAAAGAUGAAGAUCUUAAGAAAGCUUACAGAAAGCUUGCCAUGAAAUGGCACCCAGACAAGAAUCCUAAUAACAAGAAGGAAGCUGAAGCCAAAUUCAAGCAGAUCUCUGAAGCCUAUGAAGUUCUCAGUGAUCCACAGAAGAGAGCAAUCUAUGACCAGUACGGUGAAGAGGGCCUCAAAGGUCAAGUGCCGCCGCCGCCGCCGCCGGGCUCUGGUGGUCCGGGAGGAGCUACGUUCUUCCAGACGGGAGGUGGGCCAAACGUAUUCACAUUUAAUCCCAGAAACGCAGAUGACGUAUUUGCUGAGUUCUUUGGAUUCUCGAGCCCUUUCGGAGGAAUGGGAGGUGGUGGUGACGGGGGAAUGAGGGGCGGGUCCAGAACAUUCCCGAGCGGAAUGUUUAGAGACGAUUUAUUCAGUUCGUUUGGGGAGAGAGGUUCCAUGAAUCAGGGUCCUCGUAAAGCUCCUCCCAUAGAGAAGCGUUUGCCCUGUAGCCUUGAGGAGCUCUAUAAGGGGACUACCAAGAAGAUGAAGAUAUCCAGAGAGAUCGCGGAUAUGAGUGGGAAAACAAUGCCAGUGGAAGAGAUUAUAACGAUUGACAUAAAGCCUGGAUGGAAGAAGGGAACAAAGAUCACCUUCCCAGAGAAAGGGAAUGAACAGCCAAAUGUUAUACCAGCGGAUCUUGUCUUCAUUGUUGAUGAAAAACCACACGAUGUGUUCAGUAGAGAUGGAAAUGAUCUGAUAGUCACUCAGAAGAUAUCGUUGGUGGAAGCUCUCACAGGUUACACAGUUCAUCUGACUACACUCGAUGGCAGGAAUCUUACCAUUCCUAUCAAUAAUGUUAUCCAUUCGAAUUACGAAGAGGUUGUUCCAAGGGAAGGAAUGCCCAUUCCGAAAGAGCCCUCAAAGAGAGGGGAUUUGAGAAUCAAGUUCAACCUCAAGUUCCCCACCAGGUUGACAGCAGAUCAAAAGGCUGGAAUCAAGAAAUUGUUGGCUCCAUAGGCUUCCUGAUUUACACACCAGACCCAUCUGAUGAUGUUUUGAGCUACUACUACUAUCUCAGAAC